AUGGAUCUCUGCGUUACCAUGAAGGGGGUCUCCUUUCUAUUGCAAACCAGUUUAGGAAUUAUGGGCAAUGUAACCAUUCUGUUUGCUUAUGCUCGAAUUACUCAAAGUGGCAGUAAAGUAAUGCCUGUGGAUCUCAUCCUUGCUCACCUUGCAUUUGCCAAUAUGCUGAUACUACUUACAAGAGGUAUACCUCAGACUAUGACUGUUUUUGGACUAGAAAACCUUCUAGAUGAUACAGGUUGCAAAAUAAUUAUCUUCCUGUAUAGAAUAGUCCGUGCCCUCUCAAUCUGCCUCACAAGCCUUAUGAGUCUAGUUCAGUUAAUUACUAUUGCACCGUUCACUCGAAUAUGGGCAAGUCUUAAAAGAAAGGCUGCCAGAUACGUUCUCCAUUCAUUUGCGGCCCUCUGGUUACUCAACAUUGCAGUAUGUAUUGCUGCUCCACUUCUCUCUACUGCUCCAAGAAAUGGCACUGUUCCAAAAUUUACAUUAAAUUUAGGAUUUUGUCAUGUUCAUUUCCAUAACAGCCUCUCCUAUGUCAUUAAUGGCAUUGCAGUUUCAGGUCGAGACUUUAUCUUUGUUGGCUUAAUGAUCUUUUCCAGUGCUUACAUUGUGUUACUCCUUUAUAGACAUAGUAAACAAGUUCAAGGGAUCCGGAGCUCUAAACUAAACCAGAAGUCCACAGCAGAAGCUAAAGCUACUCAAACUGUAAUAAUGUUGGUCACACUCUAUGUUGUUUUCUUUGGAAUUGACAAUAUUGUCUGGAUUUAUAUGCUGACAGUGAGCAGUGUACCUCCAGUCAUAGCAGACAUGAGGGUUUUCUUUUCCUCUUCCUAUGCUUCUGUUAGUCCAUUUUUGAUUAUGAAGUCAAACAAGAAAAUAAAGAGCACUCUCUGUUGCACAGCUGAGGAGGAGGAAGAUGCAGGUGGAGUAGGUGUGGUUUUGUGCCAUUGCUCCACUGAUAGUGUGCUGAUGGAAACAGAAGUCCGUCAAGCAGUAGAAAGCUGGGCUGGGAGAAUGUGGGUGUGGUCAUCCAAGCUUGUGAUGGUAGUCUCAUUUGACACAUAUAGCCCACUCAUUUUAAUCUUCAGAGAUUUACCAGUAAAAAAGAAGCAAAAUCAAGGACAGCUGAGAAGUGUGCCAGACGCUGUAGUGCUUUGGACAGCUGAGAAGUGUGCCGGACGCUGUAGUGCUUUGGACAGCUGA